AUGGCCUCAUUUGGGAUUCUGCGGGUGCUACUGCUACUCCAUCUAGCUGCGCGGACAGGCGCAGUUCCGGUCGUUUACUUUCCAUUCAAUUCCCAGCUGCCACCAGCGACGAGGAUAUCCGAGCCAUUUUCAUACACUCUUUCACCGCAAACCUUUUCAUCUCAGUCACAAAUCUCUUACAGCCUAAGAGAUGCACCAAAAUGGCUUUCAAUCGACAGCAGCACUGGGCGUCUGUCAGGAACGCCUCAAGAUGCCGAUGUUCCGUCCGGGGAGGUAGUUGGGGUUCCAGUAGAUAUCAUUGCGACAGAUGACUCCGGCUCGGCGACAAUGACGGCUACUCUCGUGGUGACCAGGAACCCGGCACCAACAGUUAAGAUUCCCCUAUCCGAACAAAUCCAGCAACUUGGCGACACAUCUUCGCCAUCUGCAGUCGUAGCCUCUCCCGCUUCCGACUUUUCCUUCUCAUUCGCCAAGGACACGUUCUCCUACACGGGAAACGGCAUUAACUACUACGCCACUUCAGCAAAUAACAGCCCUCUGCCUUCAUGGAUCAAGUUCGACUCCGGCAGUCUGACAUUCACUGGAAAGACUCCGCCAUUCGAGUCUUUGGUUCAGCCGCCUCAAAAGUUUGACUUUAGUCUUGUUGGGUCUGACAUUGUAGGAUUUUCGGCCGUUUCAGUCGUGUUCUCUAUCGUCGUUGGCGCGCACAAAUUGACGACUGACACUCCCAUCGUCAAUAUCAACGCGACGGCGGGGCAAGAAGUAUCUUACGAAACAUUGGCCGAAAGCAUCAAAUUGGACGGCAAAUCUAUUGCGCCGACUGAUCUGAACCUCACCACUUCCAACCUACCGAGCUGGCUCUCGGUCGAUAAUUCGACGCUAAUCCUGAACGGCACGCCUCCCGACGACGCAAAAUCCUCGAAUUCCACGCUCACGUUUCGAGAUGUCUACGAAGGUACUCUUGAUAUCUUGUUAUCUGUCUUGAUAACGACUCGAAUCUUCCGAAACACAACACUCCAAUUCGAUGUUACGCCUGGGGAAGCCUUCUCAUUUGACGUUGAGCCGUAUUUGUGGACUCCAGCCGAUGUAGAACUGGGCCUCAGCAACUCGCAAGAUUGGAUGGAGGUUGAUGGGCUCAAAAUCACAGGAACAGUCCCCAAGUCUGCGUCACCGAAGAAUACCAAGCUUCUCGUCAAGGCCACCUCGAAGAGCUCAGGAGAGUCCGAGACCGUUGCCGCAGACCUUGAAAUUUUGUCGGCAGCUGUGACCACCACAUCGGCGCAACCGACACCUUCUGCCAGCCCUACGAAGUCCGCUGCAAGCGAAAAUCCAAGAAAAGGGUUGAAUCCCGGGCUCAUUGCCUUGGCGGUGCUCCUUCCCAUUCUUUUCCUUUUCGCCAUAGUGAUCUUGAUCAUCUGUUGCCGACGAAGGAGACAACGCGACUCCAUGCACGAGCAGAAGAAGAGUCAGAUAUCGGAGCCCGUACCUGGCAGUUUUGUUUGGAAUGGUAGCAGAGACAGCCGAGAAACGUCCAAUCCAUCCAUUGCGGAGAUCAUCAAGAGGCCCGAAGACAGCCGUCGCAGCCGAGGAUACUUCAACUCUGCAGUGGCGAGGAUGAGGCAGUCGAGAACGCUUUCAACAAUCACCGGCUCCCGCAUCUCCCAGUCACUUCACCGCAACUCGUCACACUGGAGGAGUCCUCGGAGCGACAGGAGUGUGCCCACAUCACCAUCAUUUGGGUCGUCAUGGCUCACCGAGGGUGUUUACUUCCAACCGCAACACGCGCAUCAAGGCUCAACAAGCACAUACGACGGUCCGAGCGAUGUCCUUUCUGGUUCCUCUGGCUUCCUCCAGGGUGAGCGAGACGACUCUUUCCGCAGCGCCCUGGACGUCACCAUCCCUUCGAUGCAUGACGAAGUCAACGCCACUCUCGGCUGCUACACACUCCGAUAG